AUGUUCAACAUGACAAAAGGCAAGAUGAGAGCUUUCACUCUCACCCUCUCGGUCAUUGUCAUCUUCGGUCUCCUCUCUGCGUUGAUGGUCACUGCUGCUCCGGCUCCGGUCCCAGACGGCGAUGAUGUUGACGACAGCACUUCCAUGCAGACGUUCGAGUUUGACAAGGCCGCACCCAACUUCAUCUCACCUGUCUCACCCGUCGUCGCAGUCGCAGUCGCAGGUGCCGAUGCUGGAAAUCUUCCCGCCCCCAGCUCGUCACCACAAGUCUGGAAGGCCCAAGCUAUGGAUCACCACCACCUUCAGACCUCCUUCCCGUCCCCCUCCUAUCCCGUCCUCGCGCACCCCGGCCCCGAGUCGACAGGACACCCUCACCACUACAACACGUCUCACCAAUUCGGCCGCCGCCACAGCUGGGCUCUCAAUUGCGAGGACGAUAGAACCUACACCAACGCCUGCACGAGAAAGGGAUACUCCUGCGACUCUACCGGUAAGCUCAUCGCUCGCGGCUACGAUUGGUGGUGCAGCACCAGAUGCCGAUGCACCAACCUGAGCCCCAAAUCGUGCCGGAUUAAGCCGGCCGUCUACGCCCAGUGCUACUUCAAGGGUGAGAACAUAAUGGGAGCCGACGGCACCGUCAUUGGCAACAUCUACACUGCUGAGGACGUCGGCAAUGAUACUCUUGUGCUUCAUUGA